AUGAACUGGAUCGGCCUCCUCGUCCUGCUGACCGUGGCCGGGCUGGCCCACAGCAUGGAGUACACCUGUGGAGGGAUUUGUGGGCUCCGACCCAUGGUGUAUGAGUAUGAGUACAUGGCUCAUGAUGACGACGCGACACGCGUUGUGGGUGGUGCAGAUGCCAUGCCAGGGGCCUGGCCCUGGAUUGUCAGCCUAAAGCAUCCUGCAAUACCAGGUACAAGACAUCUGUGUGGAGGGUCUCUCAUCACUGCAGAGUGGGUCCUCACAGCAGCCCACUGCUUUGACCCCAUCAGGAAAAUUGGCAUGGUGUAUCUGGUGAUUGGGGCCACCCAAUUGACUAAGCCAGGACCUGGAGCACAACUGCGCCGGAUUAAGAAGUUAGUGCGUCAUGAAAACUAUAAUAAAAGUGACAAAAGUAAUGACAUUGCCUUGCUGGAACUGAACAAGCCUGUUGAGUGCAACCCCUACAUUCAGCUGGCCUGUGUGGCUGACCCCACCCUAAGAUUGUCAGAGCUGCAGAACUGCUGGGUUGCUGGCUGGGGUGCCACCACUGCAAGAGCUCAAGAAUCAAGUGAUCGCCUGCAGGAGGCCAUGGUCCAGCUCAUUGAUGUCCAGCUCUGCAACAGCAGCAGCUGGUAUGCAGGGAAAAUCCAUACCCACAAUUUGUGUGCUGGUUACCCAGAGGGAAACAUUGACACCUGCCAGGGUGAUAGUGGUGGUCCUCUCAUGUGCCAAGAGAAAAACAGUGACUACUUCUGGAUUGUUGGAGUGACCAGCUGGGGAAAAGGCUGUGCCAGAGCAAAGCUGCCUGGAGUUUACACGUCCACUCAGUACUUCUAUGACUGGAUUCUGGCCCAGAUGGGGCUGAGCCCAUUUAGAAGUGCUUUCUGA